AGAGUGUAAUUUCGUGUUACAAAUGUUGGGGCACACAGGGUGGCGCGAGGUGUUUUUCCUGCUUAUUUACCUUGGGGAUAGGUCAGGCGAGGUCAAACACUGUGUGGCAGGAUGGGGGAGCCACGAAGGUGUUGGCUGCGGUGGCAUAACUACAGUGAUUCGGUGACCUCAGCACUUGAAUCUCUGCGUUAUGAUGAAGACUUUCUAGAUGUAACUGUGGCUUGUGAAGGACGCACCAUCCGUGCUCAUAAAUUGGUGUUGUCUGCUUGCAGUUCAUACUUUCGGAAAGUGCUGAAGGAUCAUCCAUGUGACCAUCCUAUUAUUAUAUUAGAUGGAUUAGGAUGGAGGGAGGUGGUGGCAUUACUGCAUUUUAUGUAUUGUGGAGAGGUGGUCGUGGAGGAGGAUCACCUUCCAAACCUCUUGAAUGCUGCCUCAAAUCUCAAUGUCACUGGAUUAACACAUGUCACCUCUGCCCUAGCCAGCACCCAGGUAUGCAGUGACAAGGAAAAUGAAAAGAGACCAGUGAACCUUUUAGAGAAGAAUGAUAAAGACAUCAAAAUUACAAGAGUAAAAAUGGUAAAUGGAGAAUGUCAUGUCAAAGAUGAAAUAGAGGAUUUUGAAGAGGUAGAGUCUAUUAUGGAAGCUGUGAAUUCAAGCCGGCUUGAAAAUGGGGAUUCUGAUUCUCUCAAAACUCCUUUAUCAAUAUCCUUGACUAAAUCAGUUGAAAGUGUUAUGCCGUCAAAUUUACUGGAUGACACACCAUCUUUAGAAGCCACACCAUCUUUAGAAGCAGUGAGUUAUGCAACCUUUUUGGCAGCUGGAGGCAUCAUUCCUGUCAGCAGUGGCAAGCCUAGCACUACAAUACUACUCACCUCAGGGUUGGGCAGUACAACUAUUAAUGAAGGCACCAUAAACAUGGAGAAAAUGGUGCAACUUCUUCCCUCUCUACCAACCACAGGCACACUGCCAACCACAGUUGCUCCAGUAACAAGUAGCACAACACCCACCACAGCAACAGGCACAACUCUCAGUACAACUAAUAUUGUUACCACUGGCUCUGGCCAGCCAUAUAUUCAUCCAUCACUUGUGUCGGUGAAGGAGGUGCAGGCUACACUGGAGCAAUAUCAGCGGAAGCUUGCAUUCCAUGAACCUCGACCUUGCCCCACUUGCAGGAGAAUGUACCGGGAUGCUGCAACUUUACGUACUCACAUGGCUAUUAUGCAUGCUGAGGGUAAAGAACCUUUUUCCUGUACCUGUGGGGCUCUCUUUCGUACCAAGUAUGACAUGUACCAACAUAAGAAAAAUGGUCAUCGGUAACUGAUUAACUGAUGUACCAGACCAAAGAAAAAGCUCCAUGAAGAGAAAGGUAGCAUCACCCAGCAAAAUCAUCUAAUCUUUUGUACUUCCACAACUGAGUAGUGUUUUGUAUCACCAAAGAUGUUAAUGAAGACGAAGUUACCAACUACAAUUUGGCACAAAACUAGAAUAUUUAAGAAUCUUUGUCAUAUGAUUUUAUGCUUAGCUCAAGUGUUUAAGGGAUCCAUAGAGUUUCUUAUAAGUGGGCACAGCAUGAGUUGUAAUUUGUUUGACAAAGACUGUGCAUUCACUGUUAGGUGCUUUGGAAGUGUGGUAGUUGACACAGUUUGUGUUUGGGAUAAGUGAUACUUGGCUAAGAGCCCUUUUGAUAAUUUAUUUCUCUCUCUGUUUCUCUCUUAAUUUUUGUUAUCUAAUCACAUUUAACUAAUAUGAGAAUUGGAUCUUGCUCAAGUUAUUCCAAACUAAAUGUAGCUUUUAGACUGUCCGGUGUAUUACCCUGUGAACUUGUUUAUACCUGUAUUGUCCCGCUGCCAUCUGGUGUUGCUCAACACAUCCACAGCUAUGGAAAAAACGCUGCUCUUUAGCAGCUUCACAAACCUUUAUACUGUUGAUGUCUGGUGCUGUACAUGAAACUUUUCUUUGUGCUUCAACAAAAUUGGUUGAAUUGAAAAGUUUGUGUGUGAACAUAGAGUAGUUUUUUAAAGUUUGUGUGUGUGCAUGUGUGUGUUAUAGUCAGAGGGAAGGGACUGGGAGAUACUUUCACUUUAAAUUUGGGUGCAAAUAAAUUAUUAAUACUGUACAAGAAGGCCCCACUUAUAUGGUGAAUUAGGUUCUGGACUCUAGCCGAAAAGCGAAAAUUGUCAAGAAGUGGAACAUAGCAUUUUUUCAUUUUCAAAUGCAUAUAAAAGCCUGAUAAUGUGUUUACACUAUCACAUAUAAAGUGCACAAUAGAGCUAGGCCAUCAAUAAAAAAUAAAUCUAAUGAAUGUACAGUACACACAUUACUUAAAAUAUUUUUGACCAACAAACAAAUGGAUUUGGCAGUAACACAGCACAUAUUGGCACUGCUGUUUUGAGCACUGCCUGCUGAUAAAACUAUUCUAAACUGAUUUUAUUAUGAAGAGAAAUACUAUAAUAUAACUUAAUUUCCCCCCCCCCCCUCCCAGGAAAAAAAUAGUUAAGUUGCGGACAUUGAAUAUUUGCCCUUUGCCUCCCCCCCCCCCUUCCCCACAUUUAUUGUUGAAUAUUUAUUAUGAAAAUUGUGUCAUUCUGUUCAUUAUUAACAACGUGCCGUCAGUAAAUAGGUAAAUAACUUGAUUUUGAGGUCAUCAUCUUUCAACAAACCAGCUGUAUCCCACUGAGGCAGGGUGGCCCAAAAAGAAAAAUGAGAGUUUCUCUUUUUAAAUUUAGUAAUUUAUACAGGAGAAUGGGUUACUAGCCCCUUGCACCUGGCAUUUUAGUUGCCUCUUACAACACGCAUGGCUUACGGAGGAAGAUUUCUGUUCCACUUCCCCAUGGAGAUAAGAGGAAGUAAACAAGAACUAGUAAGAAAAUAGAAGAAAACCCAGAGGGCUGUGUAUAUGCAUGCUUGUACAUGCAUGCUUGUACAUGCAAGUGUAGUGGGACCUAAGCGUAAGUAGAAGUAGCAAGAUGUGCCUGAAACCUUCCAUGUGUAUGAGACAGAGAAAAGACACUAACAUUCCUACCAUCAUAUAAAACAAGUACAGUCUUCCGUUUUACAUUUGAUUGGCAGGACGGUAGUUGAUUUUGAGAUAUUCAAGGAAAAUGUGGUGAAGCAGAUUAUUUGGGAGCAAAUAUAAUUAUUAUUUUAAGCUUUGAGGUCAAGUGAUGCUAUGUAUGAGUUCAGGCAUACGAAAGGAAUGUUUUCUGCAGUUACUCCCAGUAAUGUACACAGUUUCUCUGGUGGUCAAGGACUAGAGAGAGCCUCUUAUUAUAUUUUUUUAUGAACUCCUUUACAACAACAAAAAAAAAAGGAACAAGCGUCGAACAUAAUGAACAUUGGGUAUAAAUGAAAACCGCCAGAUAAGCAGAACGCCAUGAAGUGGGGCCCUCCUGUACAUCCUUUGUAUUGUUUUGCAUACAUUGAAUGCAAUAUACAGUGUAGAGUAAUGUAUGUAUCUUGUAUGAUUUAACUGUAAUAAUGUAUAUGAAGAUACCAUUGAAGAAGGUAGUUUUUAUCUUUAAUAUUGGUUAGCAUAUUUAAGGCUAAUCUCUUAAGGCCAGCCUUAAAGUGAGCUUCAAUACUAACAUAUUUAUAAUAUUUAUUUAAACUUUUUUAUUAUUAUUCUUUUUGUCAUGAUUGAAAUGGUAUGUAGGUACCAGUAACUUUGAUCUCAAAUACUUGGAAAAUUCGGCUUAUUUAAGCACUUGCUUGGUGCAAUGACAUAUACACUAUAACAGUAAAAUUAGGAAUGCAAGAUUAAUUGAUAAAAACCUGGCAAUUUUAUUUGGUUAUGACCAUUAUAUGCUGACCAUGAUAAUUGUUAUUCCUUUCAUGACUUUGGAUAAUCCAGUGUGUAAUUUUCUUUCAUUUAGAGAACUGGUUAAUGUAUUGAGCAUUACUAAAUUCAGACUCCUUUUAAUCUACUUUUGUGAGUAUACAUAUUUUGUUUUAUGAAUUUUCAUUGUAGUUUUUGUAAAGAUGAAACAAAGUUUUGUUUGUGCCAGUAAGGUGAUAAGGGUGGCAUUUACAUUAGUUAACAAGUCAUACCAUAUAUAUAUUGAUCAUUGGCAAGACAAGGUUGUGUUACGAUAUUCUUAGGGCGCAGGAGUUACCACCAAAUAGUUUUAGUGUUGCACAUGUAUUGAGUUUUUUGUUUUCUUGUUACCAAAUAAUGGUAUGAAUAUUUUUUUUUUUUUUUGUAUAUCUGUUGACUUUAGUGUAAGAGUUUUUAUGAGACAGUGGAUAACCACAUUUUAAACUUAAGCCAAGUAUAGACAGAUUUAGUGAAACAGAAGUUAAUGAAGAAUUAAAUAGAUAACUUUUCUUAUAACUUUCAUGAUUACAUUUUUAAAGCAAAGAAUAGUUCAGUUUACAGGGAUUUUUGUGAACAUUUAGUUUUAACAUUUUGAGGCAAGGCUACCAGGUUCAUGGCAUUGCAAAUUGAAAUACAUCAGCAAUAGAUUCUUGAGAUUGAAAAUAUAUUUUUUCCAUUCUUAGCCAGCUUUCUCCAGUCAUUGCAAAUAUAAUAAGCGGAGUAAUAGUUUAAAUUAAGUGAAGGGAAGGAGAAGAGAAAAAAUUUGCAGUAUCAGUACAAAAAUUUAAUGGUAUUGAUGUGGGGAAAGUGUUAAAAAUUAGGAUUAGUAGCAUAUAUAAAAUGACAAAGUAGCACACUGAAGGAUUUAGGGAAAGGUGUUAAAAAUUGGGAAUAAAUAUAGAGGGUAUACAUAAGAUAAAGGAACAUCGAAAAAUUAUGUAUUGGGGAAACACUUCAUUUAGGCUCGUGCUCACUACAGGAUGUGUAGUAAAUAUGGCAUUUGUGUCCUGUAGUUCAAAAAUUAUUCUGAUUUUAGAUUGUGCAGUGGGUACUGUAUUUAGUUGAUCCAUCAACCCCUUGACUGUCGCAACCCCCAAUCCUGAGGUGUCUCCUAGUGUUGCAAAAUUUAAAAAAAAAAAAAUAUGUUUUCUUAUGAAUUGAUGAUGAAUCUUUUCCCGAUUGUAAUGACACCAAAAAUUUGAUGGAAAACUGACGGAAUUACACUCUCGCGAAGUUAGCGACCUCGGCGAUAUUUACAAAUCGGCGAUUUCGCCCAAUUUGAGCCCUAUUUUCGGCUAAUUUCAUUGUUCCAGUCGACCAAACUUGUAGCUGUUUCUUUAGAACUCCAUUUUUUCUAUCGAUUGAGUACAAGAAACUGCCCAUUUACCAAUGUCAACUACCCAAUAACGUGGUCAGAAAUUUGCAAUUUGGCCAAUUUCAUGAAAAAUAAAAAAUAUGACAAUUUCAAAAUAAGGUCCAGAAUGAACAAUGCAGACAUUCCUGGUUCUAAAAUAACAUUUUCUUUGUUCAUCAGUCACAUCUCAAGGCCUGUCUGAUAUUACUCUUACUUUCUAUUUUGAAUUUUUAUUCAAACAAAAAAUAGAAGAUUUACUGUUAUGCAGACUACUGCAAUAUUGUAAUAAUUGUACAAAUAAUGUCAACCCAUUCAUGACUGCAUAUUAGAAUGCCUAGUUGGACAUUUAUUGGACAAUGACAUCAUUUGUUUACUUUUGAACAUUUGCAAAAAUCAAACAUUUCCCCUACUUUGAGCUCCAUUUCCAGGUUCUUUUUAUUGUAAAAUCAAUCAAAAUCACCUCUAUUUCUAUAAUAUGUUUUCCAUUCUAUCAAAUGAGACCAAGAAAACGAGAAUACAACCAUAAAUACUAUACGAAAAUAGUCCACAAAGUCGGCAUUUUAAUUUUUCUCAUUAUGCACUGCGUGCUCCAGGAUUUUUUUUAAUAUAGUGCACACUGACCACACAGACCCAUUCUCUCACAUGUGGGUCUACCAGCUUUCUCCUGCUUGAUUUGAAGCCGCUAGAAUUUAUGAGUAUGUAUACGUCAAACACGGUACCUCGUAAGACGUAUAUAUACGACCGAAACAGUCAAAGGAUUAAAUUCUUUGGAUUACCUGAAGAUUUCAUCUUUCCCUCCACCCUUUGAGGGAAGUACCUUGAUGCUGGUGAAGGGCUCUUGAUCCAAGAAAUUUGAGCUACCUUCCCUUUCUUCAGAUUAAACUUGAUAACCUUCCAUUUCCCAGGAGCUGUAUAAUCCAUAUGGGUUUAGUACCUUCCCAUCAUUAUAGUGGUAGUAGUGUUUCUUCAGUUUAAAAUAAGAUUCUUAGACAGGCUAAGUACAUUAAUGAAUUAUAUUUUUUAAUAGCAAAGUUUGGUUACUGUAUUACCUUUGGUGAAAAAUAAGCAGUUGCAUAAUAAUAUUUCCCAUUUUCCUGGGGAAGGUGAGGAAGAAAUCUUCAGAUGGUGUACUUCAUUUAUUCUUGUGUUAGUGUUUUUUUUUUUUUUUAUGCUAGGCAGCAGUCUGAAGAACAAGCUGUUUUUUGUUAGUAAUUAUGUUUGCUCUUGCAUAAUGUAGCAUAUAACUGAGGAUUCUUAGCUCAAGUUUAUUGCAGUGUCAUGACUGAGUAGUUCUCGUCCAGCAAGUUGGUUGUCUCUAUAAAUUGUUAUCAGCUGAACAGUUAAACAGUUACCUUUUAAGCCCAUAACUUUUAGUUAUUUACAUACUGUUCAAUUAUAUAAUUUUAUACUGAUAAUGAUUAUCCCAUUCUUCUGUGUCUUGCACUUCAAAUGUAUGUGUGCGUGCGCUCGUGCAGUACUUCCUAGCUUUGAUUUUUUUACUUAAAUAGUUUUAAAGAGAAACUAUAUACUGAACCUCUUGCAAACAAAAAUUCAGUAUAAAUAGUGAGGUGUAAAGAUAGAUUAACAGAACAUGAGGUGCACAAGAGGUCAAUUUGUUAAAAAAUAAGAGAAGAUAACUUGUGAAAAGUAGGUGGAAUACCCUGUUAUCUGGUGCAAUAUAAACGUCCAAACUCUAAAUAUUCUAAGCUGUGUUGAUAGCUUGUGUAAAUAAUUAUGAAUUAAGUUUUUAAUUGCUAGUGAAUAUUAAAAUUAAAAUUUGUAAGAUGCCAUACCUAUUCUCUGCCUAAUGCAUAUUUCUCCUGCCUUGAUAUUUUACGAACUGUUUUAAAACCUAUCAUUGCUUAAUUGUUGUGAUAAGCAGAUCCCAACAGCCUCUCAUAGUCUGAACAUCUCCCUUUCCUCUCUCCUUAGGGAUCACUUUCUGACUGGCUCUUCUUCCUUGCACUAGGGUAGCUUGGAAGAUAUCUACAGAGUCUGCAUUUGUUCUUCACCUCUAUGAUUUCCUAAUGCUGACACCUUUUUUAUUUGAUCUGCCCUCAAGACUUGUGGCAUUUAUAAGCACACAAGGAUUAUACUCAAAUAGACUUCAUUAUCAGAGGGCGUGUCCUACACAGGCAUCCUAUGAAGCAGCUCAUUUGCUGUGUCUCUGAAGUAGUCUGGGGCUGAGUUCUUGAGCCAUAGAAGCACUAAAUGUCAUCUACACCUAAAACCAUUGUUGGGAUUUACCAAGAGGGCUUUACUCUUCUACUCCUCAGUUCAACCCCUCAAGACAUCUAUUGGGUACCUCAUAAUGGGCAGGGUUGGCAGGGCCCCCAGGCUUUAGUUUUGGAUCUUGGGGCUGUGUUGUACGAGGGCAAAAGCAGUCAGCAGUGUAACUAUCAACAUAGUGAUCCUGCUGACUUCCUCUCUGAGUUCUGGGCUGUGUAUCCAGUUACUAAUGUAUCAGUGCUACUCUCUUCCUCUGAAGAGCUUUCCUGGUUUUGUUUCCUAGAGGUUCUGUGGCUCUGUUAUGCCUGUCUGUAUCAUGUCAUUUUUGCCUUCAUUGAUGCUAUUUCUGCAAAUCAGUGUAAUUAAGCAUUGGUCAAGUUGUCAAGCAAUGGUGGUUUUGUACUCUGUGUUAGCUGGGGCCCUCCUAAAGCAUCUUUUCUGUUAUAUCUUUCGUGUUUUAAAGGAUCAAUACUCUAGUGGCCCAGUUUCUGACCAGGUUUCUUCAAUUGGAAGUGGAUAUAUUACAGGAAAAGGAACUACAGUAUUAAUAAACACACAGGAAAGUAAAGUGUAUACCAAAUUUAGCUUAAACUUUCUAAGAUUUAUCUGCUACCUUACAUGUUCAUGACAGAAAAAGGACCUGCAAUCCUGCCAGAAUGCAAAACAAUUAACAGCCUUCACUUUCACUCUAAUGACAUGACAGUAGUACCACCCUGGGUGGUUUCUACCUACCAGUUUACUACCUGCUCAUCUUUAAAUUUAAACAGAAUAUUCUCUUCUGGGCAAGAACGGCAGAAGCAUUCUUCACAGCACGCCCCUCUUGCUUGGAUGGUGCCUUUUGAGAUGAAGCCUUAUUUCUUCUAGUUUCCUGUGUGUACCCUUCUCUGAGACUACCCUCUCAUUCCCUGCAGGUCCAGACAUUGUCUAGCUCAGGGAAGGAUCCCUGCAAUUCAUUGUCCUGAUCCAGCCUAGAGCCUGGCAAUUGAGCAUUCAUCUGGCAUCUCUGGUAGUGUCAGCUGACAUCAGGACUUCUCUAAGGGCACCCUCUCCUCCUCCAUUCCAUUUAUAAAUAAUUAUAUUGUCUGUUCUGCUUCUCUUUUAGCUAACUUUUCACUUACUUGAAUGAAAAUUUAAGGACAUUGUCUCUAGAGUACUUUGUUUGGUAUCUCUCCUCUUGAGGUAUUUCAAUCAGGUGUGGUUGGGUUUAUAAAAAUAAGCAGCCAAACUUGCCCUCUCAUUUGGGCUUGAUCAGCCAAAGUGCUAUCGUAAAAAUUUGGAGCACCUUGCCUAUGCUGAUGGUUAAAUCAAUCUUUGAGAUUUGGUUGUGGUGCUCAUCUAUGUAUGCCUAUGAUUUCCUUGUGUAUUAGCCUGCUGUCAUAUGUUCUGGUGCUUGUAUAGGCAUACAGUGGCAGAACCUUCUGGCCUUGCUGAAAACUGCUUUUCAAUCGUUUGGUGAUACAGUAGACUGUCAGUUAACACAUUAUCCUUUAACACAUUUUUGCACUAACACAGUUGUAAAACAUGGUGGAGUACAUGUAGGGGUAAAGUGUGGCACAUGCCAGGCUCUUUUCCCUCCAUCUCAUGGUGAGCCUAUGAGCGAGUCCAUUGUCUUACAGGGAGGCAUGAUUUAGCCCCUUUCAGUGGCCAUUGUUCAGAUCUUUGUCAUUGAGGCCAGGGUCCCUCAUGUAGUUUUAUGUCAUGAACUCAGCUUACUCAGAUAAGCUCUGAGUGUUAAAUUUUGACCUAGCUGUAAGAGAAUUGAGUGUGUGGGUGAGUGUGCACAGUAUACAAAAAACCUGCCCCAUGUGAUGCAUUGAUGGGAAAACAAAACUGUGACUGUGGGUAUGGUUUAAAAUAGCAACCGAGGUGUUUUCUUGUAUAAUAUUUCAUGGUUUUAUUGGCUGUUUCUUAUUUGAUAGAAUGGAAGACAUACUACUGAAAUUGUCAUGAUUUUAAUUGGUUUCAGGACCAGAAGUAGCUUGACGUUGAGCUCAAAAUAGCGGAAAUUUUAAAUUUUGGCCAAUUUUCCUGAGGACGGAUAAGGCCCCUUACAAUCCCCAGUCUGUUUUAUGGGAUUUUAGGCUUGAUUUAAUUAUUGGGACACCGUAAAUCAUGACCAUCAUUCCUGGUUUUGUUUUAUUAUCCGAGAAAAGAGUAAGUCUUACGUUUUUGUGUGAUUAAAAAUUCAAAAUGGAAAGCAAGUGUAAUAUAGGAGAGGCCUGAGGAUGUGAUUGAUGAACAGAGACAUUGUUUUAGUACCAAGAAAGUCUACAUUGCUUAUUUUGGACUCUGUUUUUAAAUUGGUAUUUUUUAUUUUGUAUAAAAUUGGCCAAAUUACUGAAUUCUGAUUAUAGGAUAGUCGAAAUAGAACAGAAGGCAUUCUAGUAAAAUACCUAAGGAUUUGGUUGAAUGUAACAAAGGGAUUAACAGAAAAUAGGACUCAAAGUGGGUAAAAUCACUGAUGUAUAAAUUGCGCCAAGAACGCUAACUUUGUGCCUGCGUAAUUUCGUCCAUCAAAUUUCGUACUUUUGGUGUCAUUACCUUCAGAAAAAGAGUCUUCUACUUCAGAAGAAUUUAUUUUUCUUUAAAAAGUAGACACUGAGAGCAAUAUUAAUUUUGAGGGUCUGAGCAGUGAAAGGAUUAAUAACACAACCUCCCUCACCUCAUUUCUCUGUUUGUAUGUGUCCAAUACAAUACCUUGGUCACACGCCUCCAUCAUACUGCUUGCCUUCACCCAUUCCCUGCCGCACACCCAGCAACCUCCAUACAACUCUCCUUCCCCCAUGGCCACAUGCCCUCGAUGCAUACCCAGCAGCCCCUUCCCAUAUGACCUGACUCUAUCAUUCCCUCAUGGCCACACAUCUUCACCCACACCAUUCCAACCAGCAACCUUCACUCACAGAUCCCACUCAUACAAUUCCUCUACAGCUACACACCUUCACUUACACCAUUCCUUCAGUCACAUUCCUCCACUGCCUUAAGACCACACCAUGCCUAGCUCCAUGGCCUCACCCACUCCAUUUUGCCACGACUUCAUGCCUACACCUUACUCAAUCUUUCACUUUAACAUGUUGUCCACACAGCUAAUUGCUUUGUCACCACCCUCAUUACUGCCCACACCACCAACGACACAUUCUCCCACCUAGUCACCCAUCAUCCACACUGCAACUCACACUGGGCCACCAACACAUCACUAUCCCAUAGCUUGAAGCCCACAGAGCUUCACUCCAACAGCCCCUUGCAUGCACUUUAUCCAUGCUUUCAUAGCCCACACUCCCUAAUACAUCAUCCAUACACUUGUCACGUAACCAUCCACCACCCUCAUUACUGCUCACACCACCAACUACACACUCAACUACUCAGUCACUCAUCAUCCACACUAGGCCACUGACUGCCACCAACACUGUCGCCAUCACACUUCAUUUCUAACCUCCAUUACACCCACACCCUUCCACCACCUAGCAUACUCCACCUCCCAUGCCAGCAGUCCCCCAAUCCCCCAUCCCCACACUGAACCACCUUACCCCAAUUGCUCUAGCCCCAGCCCUCACAUUCCAACCACUAUCCCUUGCUUUAUAACCCUCAUACAGUUACAAUGAAUGGGACAACCGAACAAUAAAGCACCUAUGUCUGCUAGCAGAGAUGUGAAUGUGGGAUCUUUUAUUGACACAUCAUAUCAUCGACUUACAAUUACAUUAUUACCAUUUUUUUUUACUAUUUCAAGACCUAAACGCAAUUUGGUUGGCUUUUGGGGGGCUAAGGAACAUAACUUUGUUUUUCCCUUAUGUUCUUAAGUUAAUUUUACUUAAUUUUUUAUUACAUUCAGUUAUCAAGAAUGUAACUACUACUAUAACCAUUGGUUUGUGUGUUAGGAACCUCUUGGGAAACAUUGGUCCACCCAUCUCGCCUGGAAUGUUUCCAGUUGCCAACUGGAGCAGGGCAAGUAGAAAUGGAGGUUGAACUGGGAGAGUAGGUACAGUAUUAGGUAAGGGGUAGGUAUAGUAUAUUUGUGGUAGUCCUUCAGGAUCUGGUAUAAAAAAAAAAAUAUUUUUAGUAGGAUCAGUAUGAUGCUUUAAAACAAUUUUGUCACUUACCAAAGUUGAUACUGGUCAGAGUUAUGUGGCAUUACCAAAAGGAUGGCAUUAGCAGUGUUUUAUGAAGUCUUUAUUAUUGUAGUUGAGUAUUCAAAUCAGUUUAGCCCUUUCAGGGUCCAGAGGCCAAAUUUCAAAGUGCCCAAGAAAAAAAUUUGUUAUUUUUUCUUAUGAAAUGGUAGAGAAUCUUUUUCUGAAGGUAAUAAAACAAAAAGUACGAAAUUUGAUGGAAAAUUGACAAAAUUAUGCUCUCGUGAAUUUUGAUGUGUCAGCGAUAUUUAUGAAUCUGCGAUUUUGCCAACCUUGACUCCCAUUUUAGGCCAAUUACAUUAUUCCAGUCGACCAAAUUCUUAGCUAUUUCACUAGUAUUACUUCUAUCGAUUGAGCACAAUAAAUCACCCUGUCAACUGUUUCAACUACAAAAUAAAGUGAUUGGAAAUUGGUAAUUUGGCCAAUUUAACACAAAGUUCAAAAUAUUCCAAUUUCAAAAUAGGGUCCAGAAUAAACAAUGCAGGUAUUCCUGGCACUAAACUAACAUUUCCUGUUCAUUAGUUACAUUUGAGGCUUUACAAAUAAAUUCCAUUUUGAUUUUUUAUUCACAUAAUGAAUUUUUAUUCAAGCCAAAACAUAGAAGAUUUACUGUUAUGCAAUAUUGUAAUAAUUGUAUAAAUAUCAUCACCACAUUUGUGAAUGUAUAUUAGACCCACCAGCUGGUGUGUAUUAGACGUGUGAGGUCGUUUGUUUACUCUUGAACAUUUGACAAAAAUUUAACAUUUCUGCUACUCUGAGCUCAGUUGCAAGCCAUUUCCAGUGCUAAAACCAAUUAAAAUCAUCUCUAUUACUGUAACAUAGCUUCCAUUCUAUCAAAUGGGACCAAGAAAUCACAAAUACAAGUAUAAAAAACAUAUGAAAAAACACUGCAAAGUCGCUGUUUUAAUCGAAAAUCACGGUCUCAGUUUUUUCUCUCAUUAUACACUGUGUGCUGCAGGAUUUGUUUUAUGUGGUGCACACAUACCACAUAGAUGUAUUCUCUCCUAUCUAGGCUCAAAUUUACCACUCACAGCUUAUCAGAGUGAGCUGAGCUCAUGGCUUAGAUCUACGGUUUGGACCCUGAACGUAAAGCCGUAGAUCUACGGCACGGACCCUGAAAGGGUUAAUAAAAAAAGGACAAGUCUCUGCCACUUAGCGACACUGAUGUGUUUCUUGAAAACCCGUCUUCAAGAGAAUUGCUUGGUCAGAUUUUUUCCCUAGGCAUGUUAUAUGUUCAGAAACGAGUACUAUUGUUCAUACAAAUUUUUCUCCAAUAUAAUUUUAGUUUGCAUCGGUGGUUCAGUAUAUAUACAGAUUAACAGCAUAACUUAGCUCCCUCCCUCCUUCCACAAUAAAAUAGCACAAUAUAAUAAAAGAUAGAAACUUUUUUAUCACUGACCAUCUUCCACCAAGGUAGGGUGACCUGAAAAAGAAGAAAUUCUUUCAUCAUAACUCAUUCAAUUACAUUAAACUCUUGAUAUGAUAGGCUUUUAAAAUACUUAUAGUAAUGGGCAAAAUCAAACAGGUAAAUCUUACUUUUAACCCCCUUUGUUUUAAUGUUUGUUGGGGUAAAUAUAAAUAAAAGCAUUAAAGCAUGGCACAAAAACAUCACCCUGUGGUCUCGGUAAAAGUAAUACUAGCCCAACACCCACACCUCCCUAACAUACAAGCCUAUUUUCUGCAUGGUUAAGAUUUUUUUUGUCCCAGAGCAUAUAUAACCAGUCACUUAAGUCAUUCUGGCAGGGGUUGCUGUGACAUUUGUAAGCAGUCAUAGGUUAAGCAAGUUUGUCUCUUAAUAUAUCAGUUAUUAUUAAUAAGUUAUGUAAAUCAAACUGUACUUGCCUACAUGUAUUCACUUAUAUGUGGUUGCAUAUGUUGAAUUUUAGCUCCUGACCCCCACCUCUCAACAUGCCUUGUAGCCACUUUGUCUUAGUUGUACCUGCUCUUUGUCAAGGUCCCAACCCUUUGGCUGAAAAAAUACUUCCUGCCAUCCAUGUGAGUUUUCAAGUUUCAGCUGUUCUUCUGAGUACUGAUUUCUCACCCCUCAAACAUUCUAUUCCAGUCUACCCUAUCAAUUCCCCAGUAUUUUGUAUGUUGUCGUGUUUCCCUUGGGUCUUCCGUCCUCUGGUGUCGGAUUAAAUUCCAGUACCUCUCCUUAUCUUGUAACGAUUAAUCAUUAUAAUUGUUUCAAAAAGCAAGUGCUAGGAAAGUUAUUUGGAAAUUUGUAUAAAUAUUGUGCAUUACUAACAUGAUGUGCAUCUGUUGUAUAGGUUGUUUGUCUUUUGAGUAUUUCAUUUAUUGAUGAUUCUGUCUAGAGACUGGCUCUGAAUUUUAACACCUCAUUUGUUAUGGUAAACCUCUCUUGCUUUGAAAGAAUUUACUUGAAAGCCCUUUUCUAGGAAUGUCAUUGCAAUCUAGGGAGUGCUGUACGUUAAUCUAGGGAGUGCUGUACGUUAAAUGGUGUGGAGUGAGAAUGUUUUGAACUUUCCUUAUAAAUUAGGAUAUCUUAGGGAUGGAUUCAUGAUUCUUGAGAUAGAGAGUAUCAGAGAAGGUAUAUAUGAAAUUUAAAAUAAGUAGGUUAGAUAAAAUUUCCUACCCUCUUCCUCCUGCAUGUUGUCAUAAAGAAAGUGCAUGUUGCUAGCAUGAGCCUAGUAACCAAGACGAUAAUGCUCUGUACUGGCUUGGCCUUGAAUUUAUAUAUACUUAGUUAUAAGGUGUACAUUCUUCAACCAUUGUUUGACUGUUAGAUUGUGUAUCACUGUAUGGGUGCCUCUUUACUUACUAGUUGGCAGCUUAUGGUAGAGCAGUUAGUUCUAGUAAUAGUUUCUAAUCUACAAUUGUGUCACUUAGGUUUUUGGAUUGUAAGUUGGCAGUAAAAACAUUUACUUAUUCUGAAUUGCAUCGUGUGAUCUGCAUGUUACCAAUAGUUUUAAUUUUAUAAGCUAAAUUCGUAAUUGACGCUGUGAAAAGCCAGAUAAAUUAAUUAAAAAAUUUGGCUGAAUACGGUGAUGAGAUUUUAUAAAUACUUGUGAUAUGUCAUUUAACUUGACCCGGUGUUUAUGAAGAGGUGAGCAGAAUAAUGAAGGGUAGUGGCCCAGUAUUUUUCACAAAACGCAUCUCUUAAUUUCUGUGUUAAAUAUCCCAGUGUUUACUAAAAGUAUCAUAAUAUAUAUCUGUGACCUUGAUUCAAGGACACAGCUAUGUAAGGAUUGACAGUUUUUAAGAUGCUCUUCAUGAGUCACUGAGAGGGUCAUCACAUAAUUAAGACCUGUGUCCGGUGAUUUGUCUCUGACAAACAAACAAACAACAAAAAGGAAUUAAACUUAUGUUACCAAAAUAUCUAGUAAUGAGAAGAUUAAGAUAUUAGACUUAAGUCAGUUAUAAAUGUAAUCAAUGCAGUUUGAAUUAGGUUUUUGUGAUCAGUGUUUCCAAGUGAAUACAGGAUAUUUUAUUUUUGUUGUGUAAUGUUAUUCACAACUACACCUGUUUAAAAAGUACAAACAUAUAGCAAGAUUGAUGUCAAGCUGUGGCACAGUAUUUACAUAUCUGCCACCUCCCACCCCAUACCCCAUGGUACAUAUUUGCAUGGCAGGUCAUGCUUUUUUCAUUUAUUUUUCCAUGAUUGUGGUUUAUUUAAAUUGUACUUGACACAAUAUCCCUUACAUUUCACUGUUUGAUUAUAUGGUAUUUCAGUAAUAUUGUAAGUUAUUUCCUGUUUUAUUUGAAUCUGUUAUUUUUUGUGGGGAGGGGGGGAAUGGAAUGCACAUACUCAAAUGUGCAUAUAUAUUUUUACUCUUGUAGGUUUAAAUUCUUCAUUUAUUUGGUAUUUCUUAAAGAUUACAAAACUAAUUAAGGUAAAGCUAUACGACUAGCCUUCAGACUCGUAUAUGUGCUUUAAUGUCAUUCCAUUUUAGCUAAGGCUUAAGAUGCUUUGGCUUAUAUCCUCUGGUAUUGGUUCUCAGUACACUAACACCACUUCAUCUUUUGCAUUAUUUACCAUACACACUGAAUAAUUUUUUUAUAUGUGAAUAUAAUGUUGUUGACCUUAAAUUUGCAGGCCAAGAACUAUAGCCACAUAAACAGAUUAUUGACUAAUUUCAAAAUUUGUUUCUCAAAGAUUUUGUAACAUUGUUGUAACAUAAUUUUAUUAUCCUAGGAACAGAUUUUUCCUAGUAGUCUUACUAAUGCAAAUUAUUAUUGUAACAGCCAAUGUCAUUUCAAUAUUUUGCAUUUUUAUUUGUAAGUAACAUGCUAAGCAAGCCUAACAAAAGUGCAAACUUAGCCCAGUAUCUUUUGAGGUUGCCUUAAAUUAGUGCACAUGUGUACAAUAGUUUUGGAAAGAUACUGUUAUUAGAUUCAAAGCAAGUGCAUAGGUAGCACAAGAUUUGUCUUAUAUAAUGUAAUUGUUGAAUGAUGAAGAUGUAGUUGAUUGUGGGGAAAGUAAGUUUUCAUAUUUUUAUAAGAAUGCAUGAUGUAGUAAAACACCCUUUUACAUAGACUGUAUACAGUACAUUUAAAAGCACAGUUAUAUGGAAAGUUUCUCCUGAACAUGUAAUAGCACAAACUGGAAACUUUUCGUGAUUUUUGCUCCAGAUAACCAUUAUGGUUUCUUCUAGCAUUUUAAGUUUUGUUUUAUAGGCAUUUAAUAGUUGUAGGCAGUUGUACAUUUGUUUAUAGAUAUAACAGUUGUUAUAUUAUGUUUACGGAAGACGUGGUGCAGUUACCAUUUGGCUGCCUCUGUUCACCUAAGAUAAAUUAAGUUACCAUUGUCUCUAGCUGCAUGGAAGAGCAUCUCUACCAAGUAUUACAUAUUUCUGUUUAUGUGUCAUUCAGAUUUCUUUUCAGUAACUGUAUUAUAACAUUUGUGAAUCAUUUAAAGUGUCAACUUCAGUAUAUGUUUCAGAAAUUAAUUUAUAGAAAAGUUAAAUUAAUUUGGUUGUAUUUAAAAGGGACUUCAGAAUACGGCAUACAGUAGGCACAGUCAGAAACAAAUUGCUGUAUUGUAUGUCAAGAAAGAAAUUUUGUAAUACUAGAAAGUUGCAUCAAAUUCCAGGUGUAUUGGGUCUAUAUUUGUGUACAUUUAUCAUGUGCCUUACCUGAUGACAGUGUGCUCACAGUUGAAUUGUGUUGGCUUUGGUGAGUGUCUUAAAAUUUGUGAUAAUGUGUUCGAAUUUUACUGUGACAAAAGUGAGUAUGCCUAGUUAGUGGUUUAUAAUGAAAAUUAAAUUUAAAAUGUUUGUACUGUAUUACUGAUGCAUAAUUCUUUUGUUAAAAUCAUGUGGAAACAUUAAGAUUCUUAAUACUGUAAGCAAGGCAAAUUAAAAGCUCAGUUAUUCAUCACAGAAAUCUUCGAUGACUCAUAGAAUGAAUCUCAUUAUGUAUUAAUUUUUUUAAGAAAUACUAACAAUUCA